CUUCAAACUGAACAUAAUAAGCAGUCUAAAAACCCAAGACAUCUUUCUAAUCAUAUAUAAGCACUUCUAUAAUCCGGUUUAAUGCGUAAACGAAAGUGAAUAUUUAUUUAAAGUUGUUCAUUACACUGGUUUCACUCGUGGAAGCGUCUAAAUGUUUGGAAAUGCAGUUGAGGAUCUGUCCUCCUGAGAUCUGUGCUGUACUGGUGCCAUCAUCACCAACAGGCCUUCCUGUUCUCAGGAUGUCUUCACUGAUUGACGCCUGCUGGAGGUAACAACAACACACUACAGCCAUUUUCUUCACCCUGGAGUGGACAUGGUCCAUUGGGCCACUCAUUUAGUGGCAUGUGUCUGGAUACAGGCUCUAAUGUCUACUGCAUUGGACACUUGUCCCCCAACAGCCCCUAUUUCUGUGGACUUCUCAGUGCCAUAUCCCAUGCCUUACUAUCAGACUCGCAACACCAUCCAGAACAUAGUGACCAACUCCUUUUACAAAGAGGUCUAUGUGGCCUCUCAGAACAUUAUUGAGGCGCUAAACAACUCUUUAGAUAAACUCUGGGAGCUCCGUACGGGACCCGUGGGCAGCCCGGACUGUGAGAUAUGUGAUUUGUGCGAUAUUGAUAGAGAUCCCUUUCACGAGGACACAGACAAUGAGGUGUUGCUCCUGGACACGUUCUUGAUGUACUUGUACUCGUGUGGAAGUACCCAGUAUGGGGUUUGCUAUUUCCAUCAGCUCCGCGAGAAUGGAAAUCCUCCGGGGCCUUCAAAGUGUUUAUUCCGGAAGAAGUUCAACUCUCCGCAGUUUUGUCCGGAUUGCAUAGCUAGUCCCUUUGGAACAAAAGUCUCCAUGGUGGAGGAGGGUCAAACGGUGUACUUUUUUGUGGCGGCGACGGUGAAUAAUAGCGUGACGCAGAAAUAUGGACGCAUGUCCAUUUCUGUACGCCGACCAGUCGCGACGGAGGACGGUUUUUACACUGAUGUCAGAGGACUGACGGUGUUGCCUGCUCUUCAGCAGACAUAUGGCAUUGAGUACGUCUACAGCUUCUACACACAGGACUUUGUCUACUUCUUAUCCGUCCAGCGAGAGAAAACCAAUUUGGACUCUUCACCCUUUCAGACAAGACUCGGCCGUCUGCCACGUCAUGAGUGGGAGAUGCGGCGCUAUCGUGAAAUAGUUUUAGAGUGUCGCUUCGAGCCAAAAAGGCGAAGGAGAAGCAACGUCAGCGAACCCUUCAAAGAUGUGGUCUACAACGUAGUUCAAGCGGCCCACUUUGGCAAGGCUGGACGGGAGCUUGCAGAUGAGCUGGGUGCCGAAGAAGAGGAUGACAUCUUGUAUGGUGUGUUCGCUGUAACCGAUGACUCUGGUGUUCCUGAACAUGAUUCAGCACUUUGUGCAUUUCCCAUGGAUACAGUAAAUACAGCAAUAGACGAUGGAGUGGAGGACUGCUGCAAGUCAGGGCCAGAGCAGCUUUCCAGAGGCCUUUGCCAUUUUCAGCCGUGUGAGAGCUGCCCACAUGAGAGCAUGGAGCACAACAUGACAUGCAGAGAUCAUCCCACACUGGUGGCUCAGCCGUACUACAGAGUCGACCUGUUCAACAGACAGAUGAGAGGCGUCCUGCUCACCUCACUUCUGGUCACCAGCAUCGAGAACAAGACGGUGGCUCAUAUAGGCACCUCAGAUGGGAGACUGCUGCAGCUUGUCCUGAGAAGGUCCAGCCCCAUUAUCUUUGCUAAUUACUCACUUGUAGAGAACCAGAAGGUGUCGUCUACUGCAGCGGUUCUCUCUCAAAAUCAUCUACUGUUUGUGGUUGGAGAUAAGAUGAUUCUGGUUCCUCAGAGGGGUCCAGGUUGUCGGCACUUCCUAACAUGUGCCAUGUGCUUGACUGCACCCAAGUUUAUGGGAUGUGGCUGGUGCUCGGGUCAGUGCACAUGGGCUUCUGAGUGCAGGGCACACUGGGUAACUGAAUCGUGUCCACCUGUCCUCACAGAGUUUUUCCCAAAGACUGCUCCCCCUGAUGGUCAGAGUGAGAUGACUCUAUGUGGAUGGGAGUUCCAGUCGCCUCUUCGACCCGCCAUCACCACCAGAACACAUGAGGUGAAGCUGGGUGAAACUGCCUGUGUGGUCCAGCCUCACAAAAGCAACUGCACACACUUAUUGUGCAAGAUCCGCUCUGGGACAACAGAGACACUUUUUAAGCCACUGAACGUCACAGCUAAAGUGCACGAGGGUCAAGUGGAGGGACACUACUCUAUUGAAGGAAGUGCUGAGAUGCCUGGAUUCACCUUUGUGGUUCCAAACAUCACUGAGGUUCAGCCAGACUAUGGGCCUGUGGACGGAGGGACCCUCAUCACCAUCACAGGGCCUUAUCUGGACUCUGGGAGGAACAGGAAAGUCACUCUUGAUGGAGAAUCAUGUCCAGUUCAAAGUGUAUCUGUGGCCAGAGGAAACCUAUCCUCUAUCGUGUGUCUCUCUCAGCCUGUGACGGAGGUGAAAGACGUGGUUCUGCGUGUCUACAUCGAUAAAUCCCGCGUUGUGACAACAAAAGUCUUUCGCUAUAAAAAGACUCCAGAAAUUCUUGCGGUGCUGCCCGACUGCAGCUUUGACAGUGGGUCACGAAUCAUAAUUGAAGGCCGGAAUCUGGACUCCGUCUACAGAACUGUGGUCUACUUUAAGCCAAAAGAAAGCCACCUUAAACCGGUUUCCACCGAGUGCAGAGGUAAAGCCAAGCCCACCCGAAUGGAGUGCAUCACCCCCGUCUUCCCUCGAGAUGAGACAGAAGAGGGCGAGCUUUCGUUUGACAUGGAUGGUGUGCUUGGUCUGUGGAAACAUGACUUCUCCUACCACCCCUAUGGCAGACCCAUCCCGUUCGAGACUGAAGGACAUAUACUGAGACUCUACCCUGGCUUUGAUGAAGUGUCCUUACAUCACCAGAAGUUAAACCUUGUGAGUUCCUGCAUGUCAAUCACGAUGACGGUGGGAGACGUUGACUGUGGCGGUAAAGUUUUGGAUAAUGAGAUCACAUGCAGGAUCCCUAAUAAUCUCACCAUUCCCAGUGAGGGUUUACCUGUAAAGGUAACAGUGAAUGGGUACACGCAUAAUGUCGGCACUGUAAUCUUGGUCAGUAACCACUAUAUGGUGGGCAUUGUGCUUGGCAUACUGGCAGCUCUAGUGACGGGUGCAGUUCUGGCCUUCAUUGUGCUGAAAAACCUGAGGAAACAGAAAAAAGCUUCGCAGACAGAAAAUCGUCUCUCUUAUUUUUCCUACAGUCGCUCACGAAAUAAUAGCGUGGAUUUGAGUUCCUUAGUAGACUACAGACGUGCUCUGCCUCUCACCAGCAUCACUGCACCCACCGGGGCCGUGGCAUUCCCGGGCCUGGCCUACACAGGCACCCUGGACACCACCCUAACACCUCUCAUGCCCCCAGAGAAGAUCUCCAUCACCAGCUUCCGCCCUGAGCUGCUGGAGGAGGUGAAGGACGUGCUGAUUCCAGCCUCCACGCUCAAAGUUCACCACCACCAGAUCAUCGGAAAAGGACACUUUGGGACAGUUUACCACGGUUACCUCACUGACCACAACAACCGAGAAAUCCACUGUGCUGUGAAAUCUCUUAACAGAAUAACAGAUGUGGAAGAGGUGGAGCAGUUUCUGAAAGAGGGCAUCCUGAUGAAGGGCUUUCAUCACAGUAAUGUUCUCUCUCUGCUGGGCAUCCUGCUUCCAGAAGAGGGCCUUCCUUUGGUGGUCUUGCCUUAUAUGAAACACGGAGACUUGCGUCACUUCAUUCGCUGUGAGAAUAGGAAUCCCACAGUUAAAGAUUUAAUAGGAUUUGGGCUCCAGGUUGCUAAAGGAAUGGAGUAUCUGGCACAAAAGAAGUUUGUACACCGGGAUCUAGCAGCACGCAAUUGCAUGCUUGAUGAAUCCUACACGGUAAAGGUGGCAGAUUUUGGUAUGGCCCGAGAUGUGCUGGAGAAAGAGUACUACAGCGUCCAGGAUCACAGGAAAGCCAAAUUACCAGUCAAAUGGAUGGCCAUUGAAAGCCUUCAGACGCAGAAGUUCACGACCAAGUCAGAUGUGUGGUCUUUUGGGGUUUUAAUGUGGGAGAUGCUGACAAGAGGAGCCAGUCCGUAUCCUGAAGUCGACCCAUAUGAUGUUACUCAUUACCUCCUGAAGGGACGACGGCUGCCUCAACCACAAUAUUGUCCAGAUCCACUGUUUGCCAUUAUGCUUCAGUGCUGGGACCCCGACCCUGAGAAGAGACCGAGCUUCUCUACAUUAGUGUCUGCAGUGAUGAGUAUUCUGUCCAGUCUGGAGGGAGAGCACUACAUCAGCCUGAAGGUGACAUAUGUCAAUCUGGACCAGCCCCGUCCUUACCCUGCCCUAACAGACUCUGCCGAUGAAUAUGAUUCGUCAGAUGCCGAUGAACCAGGCUCAGUGUCAAGCUGAUGAUCUAACCGAUGUGAUACCCACUAAGGGGUCUAACACAUUUUUUCUAAGCUACUUUUAAUAUGUAGACAUGCACUAAAUGGUCGCAUUUGUCCAUUGCGGCUAUCACAGCAUCUUGUGCUCGACACAGUAUUUUAAAAACGCAGCACUCAGUGUACAUUUACAUGAAAACAUUGGACUAAAUAUGAAUUCAUUUUUUUUUUAAGUUUGUGUAUAAGAACAGCUCUGUUAUUAUACACAAAAACAUAAAAAACAGUAAAACACUGCAUUAUACAGCCAGGCCAGUAGGCGGUGGUGUCAUUUUGUAAAGAAACUUUGUACCUGUGUACAUAUGGUUCUGUAAUCCGCCAUUGUUGUUUUGUGGUUGUCAAGUACUCAUGCAUGCCAAUAGGUUUAAGCCCCAUUCAGACUACAUGAUUUUUUAUUGUCGGUUGCGACAGUCACCGUGUCAGAUUAUGUGAUUUUGUUUAGAUAAAAUCCUGACGUGCCGUGAGUACCAAAUUUGCUUGACCAAACUUCAUGAUUAUUAUCAAGUGAUGUCUACAUCUGCCAUCAAGAGUUGCACACAUUACAAAUCUCUCAAUUGUUUCCCACAGAUUCCAUUUUCCCUUAUAUACUGUAAAUGUGUGUUUGUGUUUCCUGAACAUAAACAGUAGAUAAGUAAUGAAAUCGCCUACUACUCGAGUAGUAGUGAUGCGGACAAUUUAGUUUACCCAAUUCACCUGUGGGGGACUUGUGGGGGAAACCGGAACACCUGAAGGAAACCCACGCGAACACGGGGUAAACAUGCAAACUCCACACAGAAACGCCAACUGACCCAGCCGAGGCUCGAACUAGCGACCCUCUUGCUAGUUCCUCAAAAUAGCAACGCGCCAACAAUGCUCCUUAACACACCUAGACUGGAACACCCAUGAGUCCACAAAGUGGCGCAAAUGUAUUUGCUAUUUAAACAACGUGGCAGAAAACUUGAAAAUGAAGGUUGCGCUGGUCUGAAAAUAGCAACACGUUGGGGCAAACAUGUCUUGCACCUUACUGCGCCGGGUGUAUGAUAGGACCCAAUGACCCAUUUAAAUAAAAUUUGUUACCUUUUUUAUUCUGUCAUGGUAUUCCCUCAAAGUUGCACCAUACAGGCAGUCAUACUGACGAAGAAAUCCGCAAAGCUUUUUUCUAUUUCAUGACCAGCUUUUUGCCAUUUUAAAAGUUGCGUACAGAAGAGAUUCUGUGCUCCUAUUGGUCAACGUCACCCAUGUGAUAGAAUUUUUUUUUUUUUAACAUGCUAGACUUUUUGCAUUGAAGACUUGGCAUUGGUUAUUGUGCACCAUGACGAAAUCUGGAAAAAUGUGUGCGUAAUCUGAAAGGGGUUUAAAUAUGUAAUAUGCAUUGCAUAUGUUGGCCAGUAGGUGGUGAUGUCUCUUUUUAAAGAAACUACUUUAUUUGCAUUUUACACAGAGAGUACAACAGUAUCAUUUUCAGAGACAUGCACUUUGACCACCUUUUAAAAAUUUGCAUUUUCAGUUCCUCAACAUGGCAUUGCAAUGUAAAUGAAUAGUCAAAAUGCAUUCUUUCAUGUUUUAGUUGUAAAUGGUGUCAUGUAAAUGUAAGUUAAUAAGUCUCUAAACUUCCACCAAACUGCAUUUUUAAUUUUUAACCACAAACAAAUGUGUAAACCGGCCCUAAAAAAGGUCUUCUAAACUGUGCUCUAUUAUUUAUAAUACUAUUUAACAUGUGAUACAGAGCAUAUGGAGUUAUUGUAUGCUUGAAAAAGUGCACUAAAGCAAUGCAGUUGACGCACACAGUUUGAAAUGUAUGCUUGAAACAUUUCUCCCACAUACAAGACAGUUGCUUUGAAAUGUUGUGUGCUAUAUGCAUUCGAUGUUCAUCCAGCAGUCUGUGGGCUUUAAAGUUCAUUAUAUCACUCCAUAUAUCUUUAUUGGUGUUAUUAUUUGUAAGCAUUGAUACGGCAUGUUCCAUUUUGCUAAUAACCAGCAAAACAUUUACCACCGUAAAAAAAUGCUUUUAAAUUAGUAUUGCUCUGGCCCGGUGUUGUAUGUGCAGUAUUUUCCAACUCAAAGCAUUUAACUUGAGCUUUUUACAUUUAUACUGUAGAGACCUGGGCAUAACUUUGAAAUGAGUUCAAGUGACGGCACUGAAAGUGUUAACUCACAUUUAUGUUUCACACACAAGCACUGCCCUCUUUAAAAUAUUUCAGCUGUAGAGGAUGUAUUUUUUAUUUAUGAAAAUCUUUUUUAUGUGAAUAAUUUUCUCAGCAGUUUUCAGAAUUUGUGCUUUACAUUGAGUAUCGAAGAGUUCCAUUGCAAACAUGUUUUUGCAAAUGAGCUCUUCAUAUAAUUAGUCAAAUAGCCAAACACGUAGGUCUGUUCCACUUUAUUUUGAAGGUAUGCUGUAAUCGUUGAGCUUUACCUUGUGUUUGGAUUGUGAUUUUAUCAGACGCCUGUACAGAAGUGUUUGGUAUGAGUCAGUGCUGAAAGGUGUUGAGCUGAAUAUAUCAGCGCUGCAGUUACAGAGCCUGUAGAAAUGAGUGAGAAUUUGAUGUGACGCACAUCUCUAAAUAAAAUCCAUUUUUGCCAAGA